GUGGAAAAUAAGAGAGUGUCAAGCUGUGAUGACAGCAAAGCAAGAAAGUGGCCGAAUAAGGUAAGUGCACUACGCAGAAUAGAAGGUCGGUAGCUAGGGUGGCAGAAGCAAACUGUAAGGGCUCGACUCGAUGGAGGAAGGUGCUACGAGAGACAAAGAUGACGAGGAGCAAAUAGAAUCAAAUAAGAAGGGCGUCGAGUAUAUACUGGUGUUGCUUCUGCGACGAUUCCUAGCAAAUUGGCACAGCUUAUAUACAUGUGAGAUGAAAAUAUUACUGAGGCAGAAUAUAACAGACAAUGAGAUCAUCCAGUGGAGAGCUGAGCAUAUAAAGUAUCAUCUGAGCAAAGGCGAAGUAAGCCAAGUGUUGACUUUCCCAGCCAGCCCGCUGCGCGGCCAGGAGUUCGGGAGUCGCCUGCUCUCUAGAAGAUGGCUCCACGGGGCCAAACCGAUGGCCCGUCCCAUUGUAGCCGUGCCCUACUAUAUACACGCGCGCUACUACUCUCCCACGCCAGUGGCGCAGGUCGCACCGGGGCCUCUCACAUCUGUGCUCCGCGCCCAGAUUCCAACACCAAGAGCAUUGUCUGUGCCCUGGUGUGGAGCAGUCGCCUCGAGGCUACUCGACUGCGAGCAGCCAGGAACACCGUGAUGGAGCAUAGGAAGUGCAUGACAAAGCAGGUGCGACGAGAGCUGGCGCAGCGACGGAACAGCGAGAACCCGCUACAUGAGUGCGACCAUGACAUAGUGGAGCAGAAGGUGCAAGUGAUCGAAAUGAUUGACAAAGCA